UACCGCAUCCAAAACUGAAAGGCUUACACCAGUGUGUGUCUUAUUAAAAUUUUCAAAUACCUUUAAUACUCACGAUGAAAAACUGAUUUAAAAUGAAACCCAUUAUAGAUGAUCAUUCACUGAAUCUAUUUGUACAUCAAAUUUUGCAAACCGAAACUAUGACGAAACUUUCAAAACAUACAAAAUUUUGACAGCAAUUUUCAUUUUUAAAUAUUUUAAUUCUAUUAUAACUAUAGUUUUCUAAAAUUGGAUUGUUUUGUAUAGUGGAUUUACGAGAUGCUGUUUGUUAUGAUGGUUUUUCAUGGAAACAACUAAGGAUUUUAUGUAAGUCAGCGGGUGAUUUGAAUAGUUUUGAAUAUGAAAUGAAAACCAAGGAACACGUUUCUUUCAAAAGAAUGUAUAAUAAGGGAAUAAUUGCCUUGAGCAUGAAGAUGAUAGCAAGAAAGAUCCGUAACAAGAUGGUCUCACUUUGUGGUCUUGGAGUUCAUUUGUGCAACAGACAUUCUUUGCAGUCAACUAUAUGGAUGCUAGUAUUAACGGUUUUGGUGGGCACGGUAAUGAUAAGUUCAUCAUUGGAUAGAAGAUCUCAGCUUAUAAUGGAGGAGAUUGAAAAUGAAGGUCUACAAGAUCAGUUCAAAUUGAUUACAACAACAAAAAAGCCACAAGCGUUUAAUCCGUUUGUCGUUCCUAAGAAGCCCGUGCAUGUACUACUAAAGAACACCCAAUCAGCAAAGAAACUACAUGUCAUAAAUUGGUACAACCCACCUCCAUAUCUAAGGAACAGACCAGAUGCCAUAAAUUGUGGAUUUGAUAAGUGCCAGUACAAGAAUUGCAAUUUGACGUUUGGUCGAAAAUUAAGUGCAAACCCGAGUGUGCUUUUCCAUGGUAGAUGGGUUUUGAAA